AUGGCGACUGCAGCGACCUCGACGCCGGCGGCGUGGCAGCCGACGCUGGUCUGCGCGUCACUGACCGUGCGAGUGCCCCGGGAGAUGGCAGCGGACGUGGCCGCCGCGGCCGCGCUCGGUGCCGACGUGGCGGAGCUCCAGGUUGGCUGCCUCGACGGCUUCGAGCCGCGCAGGGACCUGCCCGUGCUUCUCGUCCAGCCCCGUCCGCUCCCCGUCAUCGUCUCCUACAGGCCGAAAUGGGAGGGCGGUCAGUACGCAGGCGAAGAUGAACCACGGUUUGAGACGCUUCUACUGGCAAUGGAGCUGGGAGCUGAAUAUGUUGAUAUCGAGUUCAAGGUUGCCGACAAAUUUAUGAUUUUUUGUCAGGGAAGAAACCUCAAAACUAUACAAGCAACAAGGGCUGACAUUGUGAAAAUUGCAACCACUGCUUCUGUUGACAUUGUAGACACAUCAGGAAUGUUUCAAGUACUUGCACAUUGCCAAGAAAAGCAGGUGCCUAUCAUUGGGCUGGUGAUGAAAGAACGGGGUUUUAUUUCUCGGAUUCUUUGCGCAAAAUAUGGCGGAUACCUUACUUUUGCAUCUCUUGAGAAAGGAAAAGAAUCUGCCCCCGGGCAGCCGACGGUAUCAGACUUGAUAAAUAAAUACAAAAUUAGGCAGAUAGGCCCAGAUACUAAGGUCUUUGGUAUUAUUGGAAAUCCAGUUAGCCAUGGUAAAAGCCCAAUUGUGGAAAAUCAAGCUUUCAGAUCAGUGGGUUUCGAUGCUGUAUUUUUGCCAUUUUUGUCAGAUGACUUGGUUAAGUUUCUUUCUACCUUCUCAGCACCAGAUUAUGCUGGCUUCAGGCCUGAUGGAAAACUUGUAGGAUACAAUACGGACUAUUCUGGUGCUAUUUCUGCUAUUGAGGAUGGAAUAAGAGCAUCACAGCCAACAGAUUCGACCACUUCGCCACUGGCUGGAAGGCUUUUUGUUGUUAUUGGGGCUGGUGGUGCAGGGAAAGCACUAGCAUAUGGUGCAAAAGAGAAGGGAGCAAGAGUUGUGAUUGCAAACCGUACAUUUGCACGAGCUCAAGAACUUGCCAACAUAAUUGGUGGGACUGCAUUGACCCUGUCAGAGUUGGAAAACUACCAUCCCAAGGAAGGGAUGAUUCUUGCAAACGCAACAUCUGUGGGGAUGCAUCCAAAUGUCGAUGAAAUUCCUCUAUCUAAGGAAGCACUAAAAUCCUAUGCCGUUGUCUUUGAUGCGGUCUUCGUGCCAAGAGAGACUAGACUUCUCCGAGAAGCUGCAGCGUGUGGAGCCACGGUUAUUGACGGCCUGGAGAUGCUAAUCAGGCUAGUGAUGGUUCAGUUUAAGCUUUUCACAGGGGGCAUGACAGCUCCAGAAAGGUUGAUGCGUGAGGCUAUCCUGACAAAGACACAUUGA